AUGCAAAAAAUCCAAUCACUUUUUAAUGUUGGAAUUCUCCUAGUCCUGGCAAAGCUAACAGGUACAUAGCAUUAAAUUUAAGUGCCAUUUACCAAUUUUCCUUUUUGUUUUCUUUGAUUUUAGGCUUUUUAACCUCUUUGGCUGAACUCACAUUUACUGAUUUACGCAAUUAUCUUUUACAGCUGGAGAAGACACGGAAGUGGGUGACGUGGGUCUAUAUACUGCAGGUGUUAAACGAGGAGGAAAUAUCCAGCUGUUCUGUGAUGUAGAGAGUAACAAGACGUUAAAAGCAUUACGUUGGACACGGCAAGACAAGGCCAGUUCACCGAGGAAAACCAUUGCUAAACUAACUUUCAAAGCGGGUGCAACAAAUCGGUCUCUACCGUAUCAAGAGCAAUACAACCUGAACAAUGACAGUUAUACUCUGAUGGUGUCAAACAUGAACUCAUCUAUGGAGGGAUAUUAUACAUGCUAUGCAAACAAUAUAGUCAGGAAUGAAUACCACAUUUAUAUGACAGGUAAUUGACAUAUGAAACAUUGAAACCAUGCUUUUGUAAAGAGUUGCUGAAACUAUUUCAUGUACAGUAUAUUUCCUCCAAUAAAUAAGCCAGACAUACUGGUAACUAACCACAUCACUUUUUGACAACAAUUGUAGAUUCCUGCACCGUUAACAACUGCAAAAAAUCAGUGAAGAAAGGGAAAUUGUUCUUAGAACUUUCCACCCCAUCUGACAACUUGCCCAAGUAUUUUGGAAGUCUGAAAGUGAUCGGAGAAUGCAAUGGAAUAACAAAAGAGAUCUGUCAUAUAGAUUUAGUAAAUUCCAGCAACACAAAUUGUGAAUUUAUGGGUGGACAGUCAUCUCGGUACUUGAUAAUUGUAACAAAUGGUGAAAAGUAUCAACUCUGCAAUGUCUACAUCACUCUGACAAAAUCAUCUGCUUGUUUUACCAGUGAAGCCUGGAAUUUUACAAUCAAAGCAGAAGAUGAAG